AUGAGGUCCUAUCAGGGUGAAAUGUUAGCAGGAUCUCCAAGUCCUCUUCAAGGACCAGCUAUGAUAUUACCAAGGAAUAAUCUGUACACCCAUUUGUGGCCUCAACAUGCCAGAAAUGGACAUUUGUAUGCUUGUAGAAAUGACUUACCAACAAGUCAAGUUCCUCCAUUGACUCCUGGAACUACUCAGAAGAUGUCACAGGCACUCUUGGAAAGUUUCAAAGCAUUUGAGAAGGAACAAAGAAGGCUGAAUAUUCCUAAAGACCCUUGCCAAUGGAGUGAAUUACACGUAAUCCAAUGGAUAACAUGGGCAGUUAAGGAAUUCAGCCUAGAGGGUAUGAAUAUGGCAAAUUUUGCCAUCAAGGGCAAAGACUUAUGUAAGCUUGAAAAAGAAGCGUUUUUAAAUCGAUGCCCACCCUAUGUUGGAGAUAUUCUAUUUGAACACAUAGAUAUUCUUCAGAAAGAAGUGGCACAAGAGAGGGCAUUAUUAUGUAAUAUUCCACAGAAUUAUAAUGAGCCAGUCUGUGUGCCAGAGUUUGGUGAGAGAUAUAUGCAGCAGCAGCAACAACAGCAACAACAACAUAGUCAAAAUUAUCCUAAUUCCGACCAAUCUAUGCCUGGUGUGGUCCCCACCAGUCAACCUUAUAUUGAAACUUCCUACCCUAUUUCCGAGUCGUUGCAGACGUUAAACGAUAUUAGUAAUGAAAAUAUGAUGUCAUCAACAACUGCUUAUGAAGAGACAUCAGAUUAUGAAAGUUUGGAACAUUCGCAGGGUUAUUAUGAUCCUAGCCAUACAGAAUUUUAUCCAAUGAUGGGUGAACAGAAAUAUAGAAUUCCUAAGCCUUAUAAUAGAGGACAUUACCUGCCAGAUACGCCGCCACAGGAACAUUACUAUGAUUCACCGUACCAAACAGUUCCAAGUAUCAAACAAGAACGACCCUGGUCCACAGCCGAGUACGGCCAUUCCCCAGAUCUCACUGACAGCUGGCAGCCCACUGAUUUACGAUCUAGUAUGGGUCCAUCUCCGUUCCAUAGUCUUCGUGUUGGGUCACCUGAUGGAGAUCAUCACAAGCCAAUGAUUCAAGCAGCAGCUUUAGCAGGCUAUUCUGAUACAAGAAUUUCAUCUGCUCCAAUGACAUCAGACGGCAGUGAUGAGAAAGUUGCUUUUGGGAUAAAAAAUGAGAAAAAUAAACGGGCGCUAUGUUUUUACAAUAAAACUGAUCUAUUUGGAAUCUAA